UCCAACUACAGUUGCCAGCGAGUAUUUAUACCACAAAACACCAAAAUAGUCUUCAUCCAACUCCGUUAUCACUUCGCAUGGCCCACUCCGCAUGUUAUUUCCCAUUGUUUUAUGUAUAACGCGUCGUGGUAGCCACAAAUUUCAGAAAUGCAGACUUAAGGUCAACAUCGUAGUCGCCUUUUUGUAUAAAUAGCGCAGCAAAAACUAUUAAAUGCCAUCGAACAAGUUCAACUCAUCGAGCUGCAAGCAUAUCCCAAAUAACCAAAAUGUUCAAAUUCGCUGCUGUUAUCUUUGCCAUCAUCGCCUGCGCUGCUGCCAAGCCAGGUCUUCUCCUUGGCCAACAGUUGGCCUAUAGUGCUCCGAUUGUAGCUGCUGCACCCGCUGCAGUCGUUGCUGCUCCUGCUCCGUUUGUGACUGCCACCAGUAGCCAGGUGAUUGCCCGUAACUACAAUGGCAUCGCCCAUGCUCCAGUGAUCGCUCCAGUUGCUGCUCCCGUGAUUGCCAAGUAUGCAGCUACUCCAGUGGCCGCUCCUCUGGUUUCCCAGUAUGCUGCUGCUCCUUUGGCUAGUCCUCUGGCUUAUCAUGCUUCUCCUCUGACGUACACUUCACCGCUUCUGCUUUAAUAUUAUGUCAGAUCAUGCUGCACUUGAAUUCAUAUUGAAUUAAAAUUGAAAG